AACCUUACCUAACUUUUAAGCUUUUUCCUAUUCAAUACGCAAUCAAAAGAUUUUUUCCAAAAAAAGAAUUUCCCUUGCUUUCUUUUGCUCUGCUUGUGCGUGGUGACAAAAUUAAAAAUAAAAUAAAACAACCAAAAAUGGCAGGAUUGAGAGAAAAAUGGAGUCUCAAAGGCACCACUGCCCUUGUCACUGGUGGCUCCAAAGGCAUAGGGUAUGCUAUAGUGGAAGAAUUGGCAAAUUUUGGAGCAAGAGUAUAUACAUGUUCCCGUAAUGAAAAAGAACUUCAAGAAUGCCUUGAAAUUUGGAGAAAAAAUGGACUUAAAGUUGAAGGUUCUGUUUGUGACUUAUUAUCACACACUGAACGUGAAAAGCUUAUGAAGAAUGUUACAAAUGUAUUUGAUGGAAAGCUUAAUAUUCUGGUGAAUAAUGCAGGGGUGGCGAUACAUAAGGAUGCUAAAGAUUUCACAAAAGAAGAUUAUGACAUAAUUAUGGGAACUAAUUUUGAAGCUGCUUAUCAUUUAUCUCAAAUUGCUUAUCCUUUAUUGAAGGCUUCUCAAAAUGGAAAUAUUAUUUUUGUUUCUUCUAUUGCUGGAUUUUCAGCAUUGCCCUCUCUUUCUCUUUAUUCUGCUUCCAAAGGUGCUAUAAAUCAAAUGACAAAGAACUUGGCAUGUGAAUGGGCCAAAGACAACAUUCGGGUCAAUUCAGUUGCUCCAGCAGUCAUUUUAACCCCAGUCGUUGAAACUGCAAUGAAAAAUCCUCAACAAAAAGAAGAAAUAAACAGUUUUAUUUUCAAGACUCCUAUGGGCCGAGCCGGAAAGCCCGAAGAAGUCUCUGCAGUAAUAGCUUUUCUUUGCUUCCCUGCUGCUUCUUAUAUUACGGGCCAAAUCAUAUGGGCCGAUGGUGGAUUCACAGCUAAUGGUGCAUUUUAAUGGGAAAAGUUAUUAGGAAAAAUACUUUUUAAUAAAUAAUUACUGAUUUUAGCGAUGUUUUUUAUUUAUUAUCAUUUAUAGUAAUAUAUAGUAAUAUUAUGAUAUAUCUGUCAUGUAUUAAAAGUGAAUUAUGCAUGCAAUAUAU